AUGGUGGCGAUCACGAAAAGUCUCUGUUUUUCUUUCAUCAUCCUCGUUUCCUUUGCAACCCUCUUCUCCGUCGCUGAUGCUUUGUUUUUUACCGUCGGAGGUGACAGCGUUUGGGCCGUAAAUCCACGGGAGAGUUACUACAAUACUUGGGCUGAAAAAAACCGUUUCCAAGUCAAUGACACUAUCUAUUUUAAGUUUCAGAAGGGAUUGGAAACGUUGCACGAAGUGAGGGAUGUUGAUGAUUACAACGUCUGCUACGUUGGACGUACUCGCCGGAGCUUUUUCAAUGGACAUGCUUUGGUUAGCCUUGAUCGACCUGGUCCGUUUUAUUUCAUCACUAGUAAUCAAGCUCACUGUUUGAAAGGUCUGAAGAUGACCGUUGUUGUCCUCUCCGUCAGAAAGCAGACGGCGUUACACAUUUCUCCGGCGAGAGCUCAAAUAUCUCAUUCCUCUGUUUCUCCAGCGAAAGCUCCGAAUUCUCAUUCCCCUGUUUCUACGGCGAAAGCUCCGUCAACGCCUGAGCAGAGUCCGCCUUUGUCGCCAUCUCCUGCUGCAUUUUAG